AAAGUGGAUACGCCUCGAAUCGACAGUCGACCUGUUUCGACCUCGGACAAGAGAUAAGAGACUUAUUCACUUUGGGAGCGCGUAAUAACCAAUUAAUUUUCUACUAAUAUGAGUAUUUCUAAACUAGUUUAUUUAAAAAUGGCCGAUGUAUUUAAAUUUAAAGAUAAAGCUAAUAAUAAUAAUCUUGUUUGUGAUGCAACGCCUGAUGCUCCACGAUCGGAAAAUAGCAAUUCUGUUUACGAUCGACCAAAUUUAAGCCAAGAAGACCAACAACGAAAGAACGAACAAAAUAUACCAUUCAUUAACAAUAAUGAAACUUCGUCGACAAAUUCAACAAGUGAUAAAAGUGAUAAACCAAAAUCGAAUGGUCCAAAUUACUCAAAACCGAGAACCAAGAAAAAAUCCAAGCCAAUAAAUACAUUUUAUAACAUUGUUAAUUCUGAGAAUGUGAAAAUUGGGCCUACUACUGUGCACACAUACAACUUGAAUAAUUUUCAGAAUUUUGAUCCUUCAGCAUUCAAUAGAGCUAAAGAACAGGACAAAGAAGAACUGAGACAAAUGUUGCCACAUAUACAGGCUUUUAGCAAAAGCAAACAGGUAGUCACAAUAGAAGAUAUGCUGUUGAUAAAAACGCAUCUUGGCAAUGGCUGGAAAAAAGUUGCUAAAAAAAUUGGAUUUUCCAAGGGUGAAAUAGAUCAAUUUAUAGAAGAUUACAAGCACAAAGGAGGCAUCGGUGAAGUUAUAUACAAACUUUUGGUAGCCUGGAAGAAUGCACAUACCCAAGACGCAACUAUUGGACAGCUGAUUGAAGCUAUGUGGAAGUCAAUGGAAUAUGAAUGUGUUGAAAAACUAGCGAUGGCUCAUAAUAUUGAAGCUUAACACAUAUAUAUGCUCUUCGUUUGAGCUUGCUAUACAUUUGAGCUUAUAAGAUAUAUUUUUUAUUAAAUUUUGUAUUCGACUGUAACUAGAAUUGUUACCUACUUAAUUAGGACAGAAGAUUGUAUUAUAAAAUAUUUGACAAAUGAUAUAUGUAUAUUUAUAUUUAAGAUAGUUAUAUGUUGAAAAAUGUAAAAAUUUUAUACAAAUACAGGAUUUGUAAUCAAAAAUAAAAAGAAUUACUUAUGUUUCAUAA